AUGCAGGUGACCAUGCAGAAUGCAGUUCAGGUGUGGUUUGGAGACGACCUUCCCUUAAGUCCCCGGAGUCCCCUGACGCCCAGACACGGGCCGGGUUUGGCAGAUGUGUGCCUGUACGACCAGUGGAUAUCUGUGCGGCAUGAAGCAACUCUGGUGCCUAUGCAAGAAGAUCUGUCGAUCUGGCUGUCUGGCUUGCUGGGAAUCGAAAUCAAAGCAGAACAACUGCUAGAAGAACUCGAUAAUGGGGUAUUACUCUGCCAAUUGGUUGGUGUUCUUCAAAACACAAUUAAAAAAUGUUGUAGCUCAAAUAACUUAAGGAAUUUUCCUAUGAGAAAAGUUCCGUGUAAGAAGGAUGCUCCAUCAGGAUCUUUUUUUGCCAGAGAUAAUACAGCCAACUUUCUUAACUGGUGUAGGGCCAUUGGAGUUGAUGAGACUUACCUCUUUGAAUCUGAAGGUUUAGUGUUACACAAGGAUCCAAGACAAGUCUAUCUUUGUCUGUUGGAAAUUGGGCGCAUUGUAUCCAGGUAUGGAGUUGAACCUCCUGUACUAGUAAAACUAGAGAAGGAAAUUGAGCUAGAAGAAACACUGCUGAUGACCUCUGGACCACCAUCACCUAUUAGCACAGCAAAGCCAUGUUGUCACCAUGGGGAGCUAGAUGAGGCAGUUAAACAUAUAGCAGAAGAUCCUCCCUGCAGUUGUUCCCAUCGAUUUUCAAUUGAAUACUUAUCAGAGGGACGUUACAGGCUGGGAGAUAAAAUACUUUUCAUAAGAAUGCUACAUGGCAAGCAUGUGAUGGUACGUGUUGGUGGAGGCUGGGACACUCUUCAAGGUUUUCUGCUUAAAUAUGAUCCGUGCCGAGUUCUUCAGUUUGCAACUCUGGAACAAAAAAUCCUGGCGUUUCAGAAAGGGAUCACCAGUGACAGCGUCCCCAGCUCGUCAGCUAGAGUUCAGGAGCCUCCUAUUAUGAAUCCCAUGUCAGCCGUCAAUAUGUUUCAAAAGCAGCCAUCGAAACCCCCUACUCCUGUUUCAGCUCUCGGGGCCAGUGCCAAGAAGGCUUUAUCUAAACGUCCUCAGUCCCCUGCCCUGGCAUCACCAAAAGCGCCAGUGCCUCCGUCCUCCACAGCCAAGUCGUUGACAGUCAGAUCCAAAUUACAAGGGUCUUCAGCGACGGGCGUGCAAUCUCCUUUCAAACCGUUAACUGGUACCGCCAAGAAACUGGAGUCUCCUGCACACAACUCACCAGCUUCUGCUCCUUCGCAGCCUGUAAACAAAAGAUCUUCGCCCACAGGAGCAAGAACGGCUCUUGUUCACUCCGAAACGUUGCGCAAACGUAUUCGGUCCCCCGAUGCUCCCAAGGUGAAAUUCGCCCUGCCUCAGGGCUCCCCGGCGCCAGCGCUGCAUCCUGCCCUCUCGUCCUCUAAAAAACAGCCGUCUGACUUGCCUGGGACAGCUGAAACGAUGGCUUCGAAGCAGAAGCGUGUCCCUGCUAACUGUAAAGCUGUAUCUGUCCCUAAAACCAAAGCGAAUUCCGUUGCUCCGAGGGCUGCUCGGCUGCCCGGUACAAACCUGCGUGCUGUUGCCAAGUUUGCACAUUCUCAGCAGCUCCUUGCAAAACCUCAUUCUGAAAACGCUAUUCAGACCUCGGGAACUGGGUCUCGGCAUCCUCCAAAAGCUCCACAAACAGCUUCUGACCUGGCAAGGAACCUGAAAAGUGCUUCAGUCCUAAAACACUCGGCUUCUGCACCUUCCCUUGCAGUUAGCAAAGCAUCAAAGUCACCACCUACGCUGGUAUCCACAAGCAAAACCGUAUCAUCGGUUGUCAAUAAGCAGCCAAAUGUCAGUAAACCCCCUCAGGUUGGACCCACUUCAUCCAAACCUCCUGAACGCACUCCCUUAUCCGUUGUACGGCUUCCUCAAACUUCAGCCAAAGCGGCAGUGACCAAAAAGCCAGCGCAGCCUUCCACAAAAGGUCAGCCUUCGACCAAAAACUUGCAAGCAAAUGAAAGCUUGGCCCCAGCGGCCAAGAAGCCUCUCCCUGAGGGAAAAUCGGCAAUGGCAUGUAACAAAGGAACGCCUGCUGUGUCAAAAGGUCCUCCUAUGAAGAGCAGGCAAGAUGAUCACUACUUCGUUAUGACGGGGAGUAAAAAACCCAGAAAGUAA